GUUGACAUACCUGCGACUUACCUCGGCGUCGAUGUGGCUUCCUCUGACAUUUCACUAUUGCGCGGCACGCGCUUCUUGCAGCUGAGUCAAUAUGCCGUCUAAGGGCCCCGUCUUCCGCAUAUUCAAUCCGUCGGGCCGGUCCAAGGAAGAGAGCGUUGAGAAAAGGCGAGAGCAAGUUCGCCGCGCCCAACAUAUAUAUCGCCAGCGCAAGACGCGGUACGUCAAGGCAUUAGAAGAAGAUAUCGCCAAGUCACGAUGGCGCGAGUGCCAGAUGUCAAAGGAGAAGCAGGAUCUUGAGCACCAGCUGCAGACCUUGUUGUCACUCCUUGCACAAAAUGGUAUAGCGACCACGGAUAUCGAGUGUUUGUCUCGGAACACUGCAGCAGGUUCUUGUACAGGAACUCAUCAGCCAUUCACAUCGCCGGACGGAAGCCUGCUUCGCAAUCAUCCAGAUUGGCCACAGGGUUCCACGCUCACCUCCUCUCUAUCUCCCCCCCUCAUCCAUUCGUCCGAUGACAAUGUCUCUAUGUCGUCCAGAGUCUGCGACAUUGAUCUAGCCACGCUCGGCAUGAAAUUCGUCCUCAAGGUCGAGGAGCCUUGCCUAGGCCAUGUCCAUGGCGAUCACACCAGACCAGACGACCCUUCCGGCCACGCUCUGACAGUCACUUCCCAGCUCCUGAGUCUGUCGUCUUCACCGCCUCCGAAUAGGUCAUCUCUUUUGCCAGUACAGGACGCUCCGGCGAGUAUUCUCAAUCGCUUGCUCGUCCUAGCUCCGACGUUGUCCAGCCAAGAGGACGUUACGCCCAUCCAGGCUUGGGAUGAGCUACGCCAGCAACCAGUUUUCGGAAGUCUCGACCUAAUGUGCGUCAUGACGCUAGCUAUAAAGUUACGCGACGCCGCGAAAUGUCAUGGCUUUGGCGCAGUAGUGGACCACACACUAUUCACGCAACUACUGUGGGAGGUAGUAAAUUCGAAGAAACUAUGCGCCCCGGGCUUAGUCUUUAAUACGCGGUAAUAG